AUGGCAUUAUUACUGUCAGGAUUAUAUUUUGCUGUGUUUGUUCUCAUCAUUGGAAAAUUUCUUUAUGAUAGAAGGAAUUUAAUAUUUUUAAAUAUUCCAAAUCCUGCACUAUCAUCAAAUAUAGUUUAUCCAGUCAUAGCAUUGGGACUCGUUUCAGCUGAAUAUCGCUUCAAAAGAAUUGGAGAAUAUUGUUUCACUUAUCCCGAUUGGUUUAAAUUUUGGUUUGGGCCUAAAUUUAUGGUCUGGAUUAACAGCCCAGAAAAAAUACAAAAAGUUUUAUCGUCACAAAAGUGUUUGGAAAAAUGGAAUUUCUUCUAUGGAUUAAUGGAACGAGAUUACGGAUUAAUUUCGGGAAGUAUCUUGGAAAGUUUUCUUCCGACGUUCAUCGAUUAUAGUGAAGUGUUGUGUGAUAAUUUGGAGAAAAAGGUUGAAGAUGGAAAAGAAUUUGAUUUUUUCCUGUACGCGAAGAAAAUUUCUUUUGAUAUUCUUUGUGCAACUUCGCUUGGGACCAACAUGAAGGAUUACAGCAACAAACCACUUUACGAGAAAGUUUUCCAUGCGUAUGAAACUCGCAUCAUCAACAUGGCAUUAUUACUAUCAGGAUUAUAUUUUGCCGUGUUUGUUGUCUUAAUUGGAAAAUUAAUUUAUGAUAGAAGGAAAUUAAUCUCUCUAAAUAUUCCAGCUCCUAUAAAGUAUAAUGUUCUUUAUCCAGUUGUUGUACUUGGACUUGCUUCAGCUGAGAAACGUUUCCAAAUAUUUGCAGAAUAUUGUUUUAAUUAUCCCGAGUGGCUGAAAUUUUGGUUAGGACCAAAAUGUAUGAUCUGGAUUAACAGCCCAGAAAAAAUGCAAAAAGUUUUAUCAUCACAAAAGUGUUUGGAAAAAUGGAAUUUCUUCUAUGGAUUAAUGGAACGAGAUUACGGAUUAAUUUCGGGAAGUGUGAAGGAAAAGUGGAGAGAUCAUCGAAAGUUCUUCAACUUUUCAUUCAAUUUGAAGAUUUUGGAAAGUUUUCUUCCGACGUUCAUCGAUUAUAGUGAAGUGCUGUGUGAUAAUUUGGAGAAAAAGGUCGAAGAUGGAAAAGAAUUUGAUUUUUUCCUGUACGCGAAGAAAAUUUCUUUUGAUAUUCUUUGUGCAACUUCGCUUGGGACCAACAUGAAGGAUUACAGCAACAAACCACUUUACGAGAAAGUUUUCGAUGCGUAUGAAACAACUGAAAUCGCAAUGAAUGCCAAAUUUUCGAUUCCAUUUUUGUAUCCGCAAACGCUCUUCAAGUUCACAAAAUUGUAUCGUGAAGAGAAAAAAGCUCAGAAAAUUCUCAACGAAUUCCAAAGAGAUAUUUUGAAUGAACGAAGGAAAAUUAUUGGAAAAUCAAAGCUGAAUGCGAAUAACAACGAUGGAGAAACUGUCGAAAGAAAUAUUUUGAUUGAUCACAUCAUUCUGAAUGAAGAAAACUUUACCGAGAAACAAAUUCUCGAUCACAUCUUAACUUUCGUCUCAGGAUAUGAAACAUGGGCUAAUGCAUUGGCACAUGGAAUGUUGCUGCUUGCAAUGCAUCCCGAAGUUCAAGAACAAUUGUAUCAUGAGAUUAAAACAAACAUAAAGUCACAGGAAGAAUUGAAAAAUUCUCAGAACGUCAACAAUCUUUCAUACCUUGACAUGGUCUUCAAGGAAAUCUUGCGAUUGUUGCCAACAGUGCCGAUGAUUUUACGAGAGACUUUGGAAGAUUUUGAAAUUGAGCCUGGUGUGGUCAUUCCCAAGGAAACAAAUAUAUUAAUUCACUUUUACUCCCUACAUCGCCACAAGCAUAUUUGGGGAGAAGACGCUGACGAGUUUAAACCAGAAAGAUUUCAACCCGAGCUGGUUGCGAAACGACAUCAAUUUUCGUUCCUUCCAUUUUCUUCGGGAUCUCGAAUUUGCAUCGGCUAUAAAUAUUCCAUAAUUUCACUUAAGAUAGCGAUAAUCCUUUUACUCCAACGAUUCAAAUUCAACACGUCUAUGGCAAUGAAAGAUAUUCGUUUAAGAUCAUACAUUUCAUUAAAACUUUGCACUCCACAUUUGUUAUCAAUUGGGAAAAGAAAUUAAAACUUUCGGUUGAGGUUCUUGAUGAUGAUUGUGAUAGGCAAAUAUGUUUAAACAUCGAAAAAAAAAGUUGUUUUAGAUUAUUUAAUUGUUUUAAUGGUCUCACAUGUCUUAGAAAAAAUAAAGAUAUUAAAUGGCUGGCUCCUAAAUUGUUCUUUGAAUUCGAACUAAUAUUAUUGAUUAUUAACGUGAGUGAGUCUUGUAAGUUAUAAGAAGUUUUAGGGCACAAAAUUGCAUUACAAUUCAUGGUGAACAAUAAAACAACAAACAAUCUCAUUUCAAGUAAUUCCAUUCAUUCAACAUAAAUCAUCGCUUUAAAUUGCUUUUAAAUGCUUCAAAACUAUGAACGGAUUUUUUGUUGUCUACGAAAAUAAAGAAAGAAACUUACACAAAUAAUGUUUCAAAAGAAAAA